AUGUCUUUGCAAGAUGAAGACCCAUUGGGCCCUCCCACCAACACCCAGAACAUAGACUUGUCCAAGUUGUCGCCCCAGGAGUUGCGUAUCUACCGAAUGUAUGGCAAGUUGCCUACGACCCAGCAGAUAUUGCUGUCGAAAUUUCAGGACAAAAAGUAUUUUGACAGUGGCGACUACGCUAUGCAAAAACAGCUAGGGGGAGGAUUCAGAUCCGGACUCCCUGGUGGAAUACCCAUGAAACACCCCAACGCCGAAAAGGUCAAGGAAAUAUAUAACCGGAACUCGAUCAGUGGUUCCAAUUCGGGGAUCUUGUUCAAUGGGAAAUCAGGCUUGUUGAACGAGUCCACCCCUGGUGAAGAAGAAGAAUCUGAGUCGAAGUAA